AUGGCAUUUCAGCGGCGGCGCCACCACUUUUACCAACGGUUUCGUCUCAUGAUUCCGAUGAUUUCCUCCGUCGCUGCCGCUCUACUCUUUCUCUUCGCUAUGCUUUCAUUCUUAGCUCCUUUUCCCACCGAAUCCGAUCAUAUGCACGGGAGACGCCGUUACACUGCGUUUAACGGUAAAACGAAUGAUGCCAUUGGAAAACCUGAUGCGAGUGGAAAGCCUGUGUUCCGCGUUCCGAAAGAUGGAGGAAAGAUGAGUCACGAUGUGUGGAGUUCUAGAAAUUCGGAGCACUUCUAUGGCUGCAGCAAUGCCAGCAGCAAGUUUCCAAAAGCUCAAGUGACUACAAGGCCUAAUAGGUAUUUGUUGAUUGCAACUAGUGGAGGCUUGAAUCAACAAAGAACUGGGAUUACAGAUGCUGUUGUUGUUGCACGAAUUUUGAAUGCUACUUUGGUUGUUCCAAAAUUGGAUCAACGAUCUUACUGGAAAGAUUCUAGUAACUUUUCAGAGAUCUUUGAUGUUAAUUGGUUUACCUCGUAUUUAUCAAAUGAUGUCAAAAUUAUCAAGCAACUCCCAAUCAGUAAGGGUAGGAAAGCAUUAUCUGCAUACAGCAUGCGUGUUCCAAGGAAAUGUAACGAGAGAUGUUAUAUAAAUCGUAUACUGCCUGUACUCGUGAAAAAACGUGCUGUUCAACUCAACAAGUUUGACUACAGGCUUGCAAACAGGUUGGAUACUGAGUAUCAGAAGUUGAGAUGCAGAGUUAAUUACCAAGCUCUAAGAUUUACUGAUCCAAUACAAGAAAUGGGUAAAAAAUUAGUCAAGCGGAUGAGGAUGAGAAAGAAGCAUUACAUUGCAUUGCAUUUGAGAUUUGAACCCGAUAUGCUUGCAUUUUCUGGAUGUGACUAUGGUGGAGGAGAGAAGGAGCAGAAGGAACUGAGCAGAAUAAGGAGGAGAUGGAAAACACUACAUAAAAGUAAUCCUGAUAGGGCCAGGAGGCAGGGGAGAUGCCCGUUAACCCCAGAAGAAGUUGGUCUAAUGCUAAGAGCAUUGGGGUAUGGUUCUGAUGUUCAUAUUUAUGUCGCAUCUGGAGAAGUAUAUGGAGGGGAAGAAACAUUGGCGCCUCUCAAAGCAUUAUUUCCUAAUUUCCAUUCAAAAGAAACCAUUACUACCAAGGAAGAAUUAGAACCAUUUUCUUCGUUUUCUUCUCGGAUGGCUGCACUCGAUUUUAUUGUUUGUGAUGAAAGCGACGUGUUUGUCACCAAUAACAAUGGUAACAUGGCUAAAAUAUUAGCUGGACGAAGGAGAUACUUUGGGCACAAACCAACCAUUCGUCCAAAUGCUAAAAAACUCUACAGAUUGUUCUUGAACAGAAGUAAUUUGACUUGGGAUGUUUUUGCUUCCGGUGUCCGUACUUUCCAGAAAGGAUUCAUGGGUGAGCCCAAGGAGCUUAGACCUGGUAGAGGCGGGUUUCAUGAAAAUCCAUCUACUUGCAUAUGUGAAGAUUCUGUGGCCAAAGCUACCAAAAAUUCUGGACCUAGAAAAUUUUCAAACAAGAAAGUGAAUGAUGAAGUGGAAGUUGAUGAUAAUGAUGACAACGAUAACGAUAAUGAUAAUGAUAAUGAUGAUGAUGAUGAUCAGAAUGAUCUUACAGAUAAGGAUAUGUUCAAUGAAACAAUGUCAGACUAUGAAACUUUGAAUUUUGAGGAUCCAGAGUUGGAGGAAAUUAUAUCUGAUUAG